ACAGUAGUAGCAGCGCUGGUGGUAUCAGAACAGCCGGUAUUGGUACACAACAAGUAGUCACAGUUUUUCACCAUCAGCAUCUGAUCCUUCGAUCAUUAUUUUCUUUUUUGCGACCAAAAGAUACAAGCAGUCAUGGUCUUGAAGUUGUACUUCGAUUUCUUGUCGCAACCCUCGAGAGCUUUGUACAUACUUUUGAAAACUUGCGACAUACCUUUCGAGCCGCACAUUCUCAAGAUAGCUUUGGGAGAGCAUCAAACUGAGGAGUACGAGAAAAUAAAUCCCUUCGCAAGGCUUCCGGCUAUCGAACACGAUGGAUUUAAGCUCAUCGAGAGUGUUGGGAUCGCCCGAUACUUAUGCCGCGAAUUCAAAGUGCCGGACCACUGGUAUUCAGCGUCAUCGAUACAGCAGGCAAAAAUAGACGAGUACUUGGAAUGGCAACACCUCAACACGCGCCUCUAUUGCUCUCGAUAUUUCACGUCUAUCGUCGUUUAUGCUAUGAUAAGACAACGCGCACCACCUCCCGAAAAAGAGAAACACUUCAGAAAGGACGUGAUCAAUUGCUUGGAUACUAUAGAGAACGUGUGGUUGAAGGAUAAUCGGGCUUUCAUUGUCGGGGAUAAAGUCAGCAUUGCUGAUAUAUUUGCUGCAUGUGAAAUCGAACAGCUAAGAAUGACUGAAAUCGACCCUCGAAUAGGCAGGCCAAAGAUGACCGCUUGGCUCGACAGAGUAGCAACGGAAACUGCGCCACAUUAUGCUUUGGCUCAUCGAGGCAUCGACGAUGUCGCUACAAAAUUAAAGGGCAGACAGCCUCACACCUGCAAUUUUGGGGAUAUUUUUUCGUGAUAUGCCAAUCAAAAAGUUAGGAUGCUCCAUCGUGAGAAAAUGUGCUGAGUGUGAAUGAACUACAUCGACAACAUAUUUACAAAGCAUAUAUUCGAUAAAUAUUGUUGUUGAUUAGUCUUUAUACUCUAACAAUGUUUGCACAAUGGUAACGCUAGUUAUUAUAUAUAUAUAUUUUUUAUACAUUUACAUAAACUUUUUGUAUUAGCUUAAACGUUUAUGACUUGAAUAGAUAAAUAUAUCAUUUA